GCUGCUAAUUUCUGUGAAUAGUUAAUAAAUCUACAUAACAUUUUGGAGUUGUUUAAGAAAGAAUCGGUAGAUUUCACACCAACAUUUAUCAUUUAAGUUGUUUUAAGCAUGGGCCAAUCAGCCAAAAUAACUCGCGGGGGCAACAAAAAGCGUAUUAAUCAGGGGCGGCUUCAAGCUAAGAUGAAGGCCCAAGGUGCAAAAAUGCACACUACAUUGAUUAAGGAAUCGGUAGAUGCCAAGCUCUUACUCAAACGGAGGGCUCAGAUGAUCUCUGAUGAGCUUAAAGCCAAGUCCUCUGCGAAUUCGCAACAACAGCAGGAUCAGCCUACCAGUAUUGUUCGUAUGGUUCCUAAGCCACGACCCAACAGCACUUCCAUGCCUCCCACAGGAGCUAGCACGGUCCAACACACAGCAAAGUGAGGAGAAUGGGAUAUAAGAGGCGAAGUGAAGACGAGACAGUAUUCGAUGCACUGUUACCAUUAAUUAAUAUUUUUCCCUUUUGCUACAAUACGAUGUAGCUUCCGCUUCUCUGACUAUGAGUAAUGCAUUUAUGAGAGAAAGCUAAUCUCAUGUAUGAAAACAUGCAGCUAACACUUUCAUAUUUUUAUGCAGUUCACCUUAAAGUCUAUUUCCAUUUAA